UCAGUGCUGAUUGGUCGGAGAGGAACUUCCGCCGGAAGCGGCUCGUGAGGGGACCGGGACCAGGAUCGGGACCGGGAACGRAACCGGCACCGGGAGCAGGAACAGGAUCASGAAACGCGAUCGACACCGAGCAGCCGCAGCCAUGAACAUCCGGAACGCGCGGCCCGAGGACCUGAUGAACAUGCAGCACUGCAAYCUGCUCUGCCUGCCCGAGAACUACCAGAUGAAAUAUUACUUCUACCACGGCCUCUCCUGGCCUCAGCUCUCCUACAUCGCUGAGGAUGAGAACGGGAAGAUUGUGGGAUAYGUCCUGGCCAAGAUGGAGGAGGAUCCCGAUGAYGUCCCGCAUGGACACAUCACAUCCCUGGCAGUGAAACGCUCGCACCGGCGCUUGGGGCUGGCACAGAAGCUCAUGGACCAGGCAUCCCGGGCCAUGAUCGAGAACUUCAACGCCAAAUAUGUGUCCCUGCACGUCCGUAAGAGCAACCGGGCAGCUCUGCACCUCUACUCCAACACCCUCAACUUCCAGAUCAGCGAGGUKGAGCCCAAGUACUACGCAGAUGGGGAGGAUGCCUACGCCAUGAAGCGGGACCUCACYCAAAUGGCAGAUGAGCUGCGGAAGCAGGUGGAGCAGAAGGAGCGGGGCCGCCCCCCAGUCCCCACCGAGCCCUCCCGGGGUGGGGACGGGGUCUGCGGUUCGGGGGGACCCCCCUCACACACCCCCACCGGSCCCCACCACCACGAGGAUGGGGGAGGCGACAGCAAAGACGUCAGCGAGGUGAGCGAGACCACCGAGAGCACCGACGUCAAGGACAGCUCCGAGGCCUCUGACUCUGCUUCAUAGGGACCCCCGGGACCCCCCCAAAUCCCUGGGACCCUCCUGGGGACCCCCAGACUGCUGGGAGUCCCCAGGGACCCCUUUUGGUGCUUGGUGGGGUCAAUAAAGCCCCUCCCUCUCCA